CCUUCGCUGUGCAGGCCUCCCGUCCGUUUCUGUUAGCCGCUGUGGGGCCGCGGGGUGGCUGCUGCCCGCCCGUUCGCUAAAACGCAGCGCCCUGCUUAUUGCCUGUGCUGGGGCGGGCGGGCAGUGCCUCAUCCGGAUUGGGAAAUUUGGGAACCGUGGGCACGCAGGUGGAGCCCGUUUCCAAAUUUCCCGUCUCUUCGCAUCCAGAUGUCCUGUAGCAUGGCUGCUGAAGAGGUCUUUUUUUUGGAAGAAGAAAGAUUCAAGCAGUACUGUGAAGAAUUUGUUAAACAUUCACAGCAAAUAGGGGAUGGCUGGGAGUGGAGAACUACCAAGGACUUUGGUGAUGGUUAUCUCAGUAAAACACAUUUCCAGGUGCCAAAUAAAAGCAUCUCACCAGAUCUCAAGAAGAAAAACGAAAACCUUGAACAAAUGCUGCUUACACAUGUUGAAGAAUCUUUGGAUGAUUCUCAAGUAGCUGGAGUCUGUGCAACAGAAGAAGUAAUUCGCUAUGAGUAUCACGUCUUGUAUUCCAGCAGCUACCAAGUACCUGUGCUUUAUUUUAGGGCUUGCUUUUUAGAUGGAAGACCUUUAACACUGGAUGAAAUUUGGAAAAGUGUUCAUGUGUGCUACCAGGCUCGCCUGCAGGAAGGGCCAUGGGACACUAUUACACAGCAGGAGCAUCCCUUACUUGGACAGCCAUUUUUUGUUUUACACCCCUGCCGGACUAAUGAGUUCAUGUGCUCUAUAAUGGCCGCUUCACAAAAAGACAACAGAUACAGAAAUUACAUUGUAUUGUGGCUAAGUACAGUAGGCCCAGUUGUGGGUCUAAGUUUACCCUUGAGUUACGCAAAGCUGGGACUUGAAGAGAAUACAAACGCUGAAAUUGAUUGAAAUUUUAUUGAAAGGUAAGAAAAAGUUGCAUCACCUCCAUCACCUCUUCUUUCUCACAUCAUCCUCCAAAAUUAUAAAAAAAAUAGAUAAUUGACAAAAACAUUAUAUUUGCCUCUGGAGCUCUUUGUUCAGUUCAUUUAGGACUCAGAUUUUGGUAUUUUGCUUAUACAACUGCCUUGUUACCUUUCAUGUUUUGCAAUGGAAAUUUGCACUGAGAGAUAUGUUUGGCACAGUGCUGUGACCUUUCCUGUCACAAGGUUCCUGAGAGGGAGAUAUCUCCCUCUCAGGAGGGAGCAGGUAUAAGAGCAUAUUGUGGCAGACCUUCCAGUUCAUGGUUGAUGGUGCCAUCUAUCAAAACUCUGCUGCAUUAAUUUGAAUUUCAUCCUUUCUCUUUUUCCUGUUUGAUGUCUCCACUUCAGACCCCUGAGCUUGAAGACAGGUAAUACACCCAUGUAGUAAAGCCACUGCAGACUUUUCUAGAGAAGAAACAAACACAGACUGAAGGAAUUCUGUGUGAUUGGUGAGCAUUGUAACACUGAAAGAUAACUAUUCAUGGCUCUUUCUUUGGCAAGCACUUGCCUAAUUACAGGUGAAUCCUUAAGAGUUGGCUGCAGUUCUGAUGGCAACUCCCAAACACCACCAAUACUUGUUCUCCCUUGUGACAGCACUGACCCUCUGAAGUUGCUCAUUUUCUUCCUCUGCUUUACCAUGAUUAUGGCCUUAAUAGGGCUUCACACAAAUACACAUACCUGGAUACAGAGUUGAAAUGCUGUGUUUGAGCCUACUUUCACCUUUCUACUGCAUAGUGUGUGAGAAUAUGUACAGAAAGGACUUGCAGAAGAACGUGGCUUAAGAUUGCAGCAAUCCGUGUAUGGGACAUUGCCUAGGGACCACCUUCUCUAGCAUACGUUGACCCUCAUAUUCCACAUUACACACAUAAAAUGUCCAAAUCCCAGGAUUAUAUUGUUACUGAGCAGGUAUGGUUAUAGGAUUCAAGGUGCCUAAUGCUAUCCUGUGAGAACAUCAGGCUUUUACCUGCCUCGGUGCCUCUGAAGGUAGCUUUGCCAUACCCUAAGGGAGUAACUGUUGUAGUCAAAUUAGUAUUUAUCAUUGUACUAGUAGUUUUCACUUUUUGUCCCUGUCCUGCAAUCUUUGCACAAGCAUCCCCUGACAUCUGUUGAAGUUUGAGCAAGUAGGAAUCACACAGUAGUGCAGUCAGUGAGAAACAGACGUAACUUCUGUACAAGCCAUCCUGGAUUUCUUCCCAGUCACAUUUAUUUGUAAUAAAAAACAGACCACUAGUAUGAUGGAAUUGAAAAUUUUACUUUUUAUGUUCAGCAUUAUCUAAUGUAUGCCACAUCAUAGCCGGAAAUGUAAGAUACAACGGUUUUCAAAUUGUUUUUUCUUUUUUUUUCUUUUUCUUUUUCUUGAUGUUAUGAUUGGUUGCAUAUUUUAAAUUUGCAUCAUAUGUUUUUAGUGGAUUGAAAUAAAGCCCUUGAAAUUU